AUGGGAAGCGACGCCGGCUUGGUCAGCUCUCUCCUUAAUCGCCUUGCAACUGCCUUCAAAAUUCGGGACCUAGGCAAACCGGGCUUCUUUUUGGGCAUUGAGACAGUUGAGGCAGGGGAUGGUAUGAUUCUUUCGCAGCAGCGUUACAUGACUGACUUACUUGGGCGAGCUGGGAUGGUUGAUUGCAAACCCCUUGCUACACGGACUUCUGUCACUAAGGCAGUCACUCCGUCUGAUGAACUGUUUGAUAACCCGACACAGUAUCGCCGCAUAGCCUUGAUUAAGCGUGUGUUGCGCUAUGUCAAGGGUACUCUUGCUUAUGGGUUGCGGAUCACGCCUUCACCGACUACUACCAUACAUGCAUAUUCGGACUCUGACUGGGCCAGUUGUCCUAUAGACAGGAAAAACACCAGUGGCUAUGCUGUGUUCCUGGGGGGCAAUCUCAUCUCCUGGCAAUCCCGGAAGCAGCGCACCGUGGCUCGCUCCUCCACUGAAGCAGAAUACAAAGCUUUGGCUGAUGUCGCUGCUGAAGUUACCUGGGUUGUCUCUUUGCUGCGCGAGUUAGGAUUGCAUGAUGUGAAACCAUCCAGUAUUUGGUGUGAUAACUUGGGUGCCACGUACCUCUGUGCCAACCCGGUUUUUCAUGCUCGAACGAAGCAUGUAGAGAUCGACUAUCAUUUCGUCUGUGACAAGGUUCCGUUUGGGGACUUUGUGGUUAAUUUUGUUUCAACCAAAGAUCAACUCGCCGAUUUCUUCACCAAACCUUUGUCGGGACCGCGUUUCUCUACUCUUCGAGCCAAGCUCAAUAUGGUGGCUCACCUACCUUGUACUUGA